GGUGAUUCCAUCGCUGUUCCUGCACUAGCUCUAGGGAUGCCACCGGUGUCAAACAUAACAUGACCCCGCCGGAAUAGCUUAUCAGGAGGAAUCCCCCAGAGUCUGGGCGCACAGGUCGCAUGAAUUUACAGCUUCACCCAGAGUUAGUAGCGAGCUGCAUACGAUCGAAGAAACACGUUGAACAAGAUGGUGUCGUUGCGGGUUUGCACAGUUUUGCUAGCGUUCGUUUGUGUCGCCACGGCAAUACAUCAGGUGAAAUACCAGGGCAGCAAGUACAAGAUCGAAAAGGUGAUGGACAUCACGCUAAAGCACGCGCUGGAAAGCAUCCGCCCAUCGGCGUGGAACGUAAAGGAGCUAGAUUUGAGCGGCAAUCUGCUGUCCAAGAUAAGCGCCGAUGAUUUGGCACCGUUUACCAACCUCGAGGUGCUGAAUGUGUCGUCGAACGUGGUGUACGAGUCGUUGGAUGUUCGAUCGCUCUCGAAACUGCAGACGAUCGAUUUGAAUAACAACUUUGUGACGGAGGUACUGGUUGGACCGGCCAUACAAACGUUGCACGCCGCCAACAAUAAUAUCUCGUCCGUGAUCUGUUACGGCGAACGGCAGGGCUGGGGAAGUAAGCGACUGUAUCUGGCCAACAAUAAGAUCGGUUCACUGCUGAGCCUGGCCGAUGCGUGCCGUAGUCGGGUCGAGUAUCUGGAUCUGAAGUUGAACGAGAUCGAUAUGUUGGAUUUCGGUGACCUUGCUGCUUCGUCGGAAACGCUGAAGCACCUAAACCUGGAGUACAAUUUCAUUUUCGACGUAAAGAACCAGCGGAACGUAGUGUUUUCGCAGCUGGAAAUGUUAGACCUCUCGUCGAACAAGCUAGCCCAUUUGGGCCCGGAGUUUGCGGCCGUUUCCCAGGGAAGGUCGAUCAAUCUCAGCAACAACAAGCUCGUGCUGUUGAGUGAAGUGAAGUUUUCGCCCGCUGUCACCAGCUUCGAUCUGCGUGGAAAUGGGUUGCAGUGUGCAACGCUGAAAAAGUUUUUCAAGAAAAACAAACAGUUGGAAAGCGUUUCGAUUGCGACCGUACGCGAUGCAACCGGACGCGAUAAGGAGGCGUGCACGGACACCGAUAAGUACGAGGGUCCGUACUGCUGUGAAAAUCUGGUUGCUCCGUACGCCGAGCGGCUGAUCGAUCUGAAGCGCAAGGAGUAUGCACUGUUUUCUCGCGUCGGUUCGGAAAAGGAGCGGGCCGAGUGUGAGAAAGAAAAUAAAGACCGACUGCGGAAGGUAGACAUGAUCAAGAAGCAGUACAGCACGACGAUCGACGAGGAGACGCGCCGGAACCAGAUGAAGAUACAGCUAACGCAAACGAAGACAGCAUUGGAAAGGAAGCUACCGGCUUUGCAGAACGCAUACAAUGAGCUGGCAGGUGAGCUGGAAACGGUGGCCGCAGAGUUGCAGAUCACUGUUACGGAGGACCACAAUCUGCUGCAGCUGUUGCGUAGCAUUGUGCAGCGGUACGAGGACCAUUACAUCGAAGAGCAGGGCAAGCAAAGCAAUGCCAUCCGCGAUUGGGAUAUGUACCAGAAGAAGGAAACGGAGCUGCUGGAGGAAAAUGCUCGGAUGAAGAAGCUUAACGGCGAGGCCGAUACGGCACUGCAGAAAGCAAACGCUACGCUGCAGGAUUUGAACGUACGAGAGCAAAAUUUGAUCAAGAUUCUCAGUAAGGUUCAGCCGUCGGCCCAGGCGGAAGCAUAGAAGCUGAGGUUCGGAGCGCAGACGAGCACUAUUUGUUUUGUCGGAUUGUUGAGGAAGGUUGUUGAAUAAAACAAAUUGUUGAUAGUCAUAAAUGAAUGUCAGAUAAAUAAUUCAAACCAA